UAAAAAAGUUUUGUCAAGACGAAAAGUUUGAGCUUAAGACUCCAAAUAUGUUUUUAUGCUGAAUCUGUAUUAUAUUUUUCGUUUAUAGAGAAUCAAAUUCAAUCGGGAAUUCUAUUCACAAGCGGCCGUCCGGUGAAUCUGCUCCGACCUCCGCCAUUGGGGUUCCCCAAUUUUCUUCAUAUUGCCAAGUCAAAAUACGCGAUUUCUCCAUCUGAAUCUGUUCUCUGAAGGAGGAUCACUAUGUCGCUUCAUCGGCUUCGCGAUCCGGUUAUUGGCCGCGCUCGCUUUCUUCUCCAAGCUCGUCUAGGAGCUUUCCAUUCGUCUUCACCUAUCUCCUCCAGAUACAUUUCUCGGUACAGCACUUGGAAUGUACAAAGGUUUUCUGCUGGUGAUGGUUCCCUCUUUAGGCCUGUAUCCUUUUCUUGUUUCACUGGAGCUUGUGGUCGAGCAUUGCAUCUGGAGGUUAGCCUUCAAGCGGUCAGUUGGUAUCAGGUUUUUCUCAACCACAGAUUCUUCACAUGCCGUCCUUGAAAUGCCUGCACUAUCACCUACAAUGAAUCAGGGUAAUAUUGCCAAAUGGAGGAAAAAAGAAGGGGAUAAGAUAGCUGUUGGCGAUGUCCUGUGUGAAAUUGAAACAGACAAAGCUACUCUAGAGUUUGAAAGUCUCGAGGAGGGUUUCUUGGCCAAAAUAUUGGUUCCUGAAGGUUCAAAAGAUGUCCCAGUUGGACAACCCAUUGCAAUCACGGUUGAGGAUCCAGAAGAUAUCAAUAGGGUCCUUGCCAAUGAUGUAUCAGGUGCAACUGACAUUAAAGAUGAUGCGGAAGGGGAGCAACAGGAUAAAAAUGAGGACAGGGCACAAGCUAGUUCUGUAGAGAUAAAUUCAUCAAAACUACCCCCUCAUAUUGUACUUGAAAUGCCAGCUUUAUCUCCAACUAUGAACCAAGGUAAUAUUGCUACUUGGAGAAAGAAGGAGGGGGACAAGAUCGAGGUGGGUGAUGUAAUAUGCGAGAUAGAGACAGACAAGGCUACCCUUGAAUUUGAAAGUCUUGAAGAAGGGUAUCUGGCUAAGAUACUAGCACCCGAAGGCUCGAAGGAUGUGGCUGUUGGAAAACCCAUUGCAAUUACAGUUGAAGACCCCACAGAUAUUGAAUCUGUAAAAAGUGCUGUUAGUAGUAGUUCAGGAAUUAAAGAGGACAAACCUGCGCAUACUACUGUUAAAAAUGAUGUUGGAACAUCAAAAGGAGGUACUGUUGCAAGAAUAAGUCCUGCUGCAAAGUUGUUAAUUGCGGAACAUGGUCUGGAUGCAUCAUCAUUGAAGGCAUCAGGUUCUCAUGGAACACUGUUGAAAGGGGAUGUUCUGGCUGCCAUUAAAUCAGGGAAAGGUUUGUCAAAAGUUUCUUUGUCCAAAGAUAAAAGAUCUCCUGAGGUCCGUGCACAGGCUUCUUCCACAGUCUCAUCAGAAUCAAAACCUUCAAUAAAGCAAUCUGAUUCUUUUGAAGAUUUACCUAAUAGUCAAAUUCGCAAGGUGAUUGCUAAAAGAUUAUUGGAAUCAAAACAAAAUACACCACAUCUAUAUUUGUCCACAGAUGUCAUAUUGGAUCCUCUUCUUUCACUUAGAAAAGAUCUUAAAGAGAAGCAUGAUGUCAAGGUUUCCGUGAAUGAUAUUGUCAUCAAAGCCGUAGCAGUUGCUCUAAGAAAUGUUCGUGGAGCCAAUGCUUAUUGGGACGAUGAGAAAGGGGAAGUUGUUUUCUGUGAUUCUAUUGACAUAUCAAUUGCAGUUGCUACUGAGAAGGGCUUAAUGACUCCAAUUGUGAGGAAUGCCGAUUUGAAGACCAUAUCGGCAAUUUCUUCAGAGGUCAAGGAGUUAGCUGAGAAGGCCCGAGCAGGGAAGCUCAAACCAGAUGAAUUCCAAGGAGGCACUUUCAGCAUUUCAAAUCUAGGGAUGUUCCCAGUGGAUAAUUUUUGUGCUAUAAUUAACCCUCCACAGGCUGGGAUUCUCGCUGUAGGUAGAGGCAACAAAGUUGUUGAACCGAUAAUUGGAAAUGAUGGAGUUGAGAGACCUGUGGUGGUCAAUAAAAUGAAUCUGACAUUGUCGGCCGACCAUCGAGUGUUUGAUGGAAAAGUUGGAGGCGAAUUCCUCUCAGCUCUACAAGCAAACUUCAGCAGUAUCCAGAGACUGCUAUUGUAGUGUUUCUUCGAGAUCAACAUUGGCAGCAGAUGGAUUUUUAUUACUCAAAAUAUGGAAGUAUUUAUUCCUUUGAUUUUCUCUUUUCAGCUUACAUAAAGUAUUGUUGAUUCUCACAAGAUUGGAACUGGCGUCGUCAAGAGAACCAAACUUGAAGGUGGCAUAUUAAGCAACCUUUUCCAUCAUCCCAACUCUGUCCGUCAAGGAAUAAUGAUGCAUAAAAGGAUGAGUCUUUUGAGUUCUUUUUGCAUAAUUGUUGUUUUUCUUUCAAAAAUUUUGAAUAAUUUUUUUGGAUGCUUUUGGUGUGGCACCAAUCUCCAUUAUAUUUUGAGGGAAUAAAUGAAAUUGGUGAUUUACGACGAUGUCUCUCA